CAGCAUUCGGGGUCCGAAAGAAUAGAGUAAAUAAGUUAACCACUGCCAUAACGAAGGAAAGAGCGGUGACUCAAAUUUAGUCAUAAACAACAAUCUACUUUAAGUUUUUGCCUUCAUAGUAGAGCAGGAAAAAAAGAAUUUAGGAAUGGCAACUGAACUUCGUAGAAAACUGGUUAUUGUGGGAGACGGUGCAUGUGGUAAAACAUGCCUUUUAAUUGUCUUCUCUAAGGGCACCUUCCCAGAAGUUUAUGUUCCCACUGUAUUUGAAAACUAUGUCGCCGAUGUAGAUGUUGAUGGACGUCACGUAGAAUUGGCCUUAUGGGAUACUGCUGGUCAAGAAGAUUAUGAUCGUUUGAGACCCUUGUCUUAUCCUGACUCUCACGUCAUUCUUAUUUGCUUCGCUGUCGAUUCCCCUGAUUCCCUUGACAACGUCCAGGAGAAGUGGAUUUCUGAAGUCCUUCACUUCUGCUCCAGUCUUCCGAUAUUGCUCGUCGCUUGCAAGGCGGACUUGCGUAAUGAUCCAAAGAUCAUUGAAGAACUCUCUAAGACUCAACAGCAUCCCGUUAGUAGUGAAGAGGGACAAGCCGUUGCUCAAAAGAUCGGUGCUUAUAAGUAUUUGGAAUGCUCUGCUAAGACAAAUCAAGGAGUUCGUGAAGUUUUUGAAUCUGCCACUCGUGCUGCUAUGUUGAAGCAUAAGCCAAAGACGAAGCCUUCUGGUGGUAGCAAAAAGAAGAAGCGUUGCAUUUUGAUGUAAAGUGGCCUCUCUCCUAUGGAAUAUCAUCAUAUCUUUUCCAUCUAGAUAAAUCGUUUCCGAUUCUUUUCACUCUAUCUUUAUUAUCAUAUCUGUAAUUUACCUGUACAUUUCCGUUUAUCCCUUCUUGCUAGCUGUGUUUUAUGAAUGGAUGCUUUUCUGUAUGGCUUCUCUGUCGGGGUGAAAUGCAUUCCUGUGUCUGGGCACGGCUUUUUAUUGAAUUUUUCUCGGGUCAUCCUUUUAUGAGAUGUUUUGAUCCAAGUUUGUUUGGUAAGUUUUCUGUCUCCGCAAUCGUCUCAAAGCAACACAUUAUAAUCAAAUUGCAUGCGCUAUUAGUGAUCUUUACUUUCUUAUUUCUUUGCUUCUGGUGUCCUCUUGCUCGUUAAGAGAGACUUGCUUUUUUUACAUUUCUUUGUAUGAUGAAUAUCCCCAUUGCAUGCCUCAGUCUUCAUUUGAAGAACUUUUUGAGAACCCUUAUUGUUUAACUUUCUUUAAAUAGUCGUCUAGCUUGGUCACUAUUUUAUUUUAUCGGAAAUUGAAAAAUCUGCACAGUG